AUGCAUGUGUCACCUACAGUGAUCAAUUUUACUGAGGAUUUUGAUUUUGAGGCAAUGAAUAAAAAAUUCAACAAGGAGGAGGCGAGACAGCCUGUUUAUUGCAAGGAUGACUUUUUUGAUUCACUUUCUUGCAAUCCCCUUUAUCGCGAGUCUGGGAGAGGAAAGGUGAAGUUAGCUGAACAAAGGAGAUUAGAUACUGAGACAUUUGGUGAGUUUCAAAGGCAUCAACUUGGUUGUAGCAUCCAUGGUCCAGGCAGGGUAGGACGAUCAAGGGGCUCCUAUCGUGGAAGGGGUUAUGGCCAUGCAGAACGGGGCCGUGGGCGGACUGUUUGGUGUCGUGUCACUUAG